UGGGAUGUCAUUAGAGGACUUACACAAAAGUGGUAUGGGGAAUCAAGCUUGGUUUUUUUUGACAAACAUUGCUGAAGCAAUGGCAUUUUCUAGAAGUGAUUAAGGAAUGUGACGUGUUAAUAUGCCAUACUGGUGAACAGUUAGAAUCAAAAUAGUUAAUAGGCUUCAAAUGGUGAGACAUUUUAUUGUCUUGAUCCAGUUCUCUUUGUAUUGUCUUCAAAGGCUCUUUGACAGGAGAUGGAUGAAUUUCUUGAAUGUGUCCUCUAAGGGGCAGCAUUGAAGAGCAGGUGUCUAUCUUCUAUUCAGAAUAUGAGGUUCUUCUGGAGGCUGAUUUCUUCCUGACAGCAACAAAGUUUGAUGAGAGAGUGUAUUGGUUUGAAAGUCUUGUGCCUGUAUCUGUGGGAGCACGAUGACCUCAGCCACCAUCAUCAUGACAGCAUCAUAAUCCCUCGCCACUGGAAAGGAGAGGAAGGAAAAGCGGAAUUGUGAAGAAAGGCGGAAAAGGGUGAUCUUCUGGGAAGGCAAAGCCCAUGGGAAGUGCAGGUAGCAGCAUGUUGCCCUGACAGCUGUCUCAGCUUCUCAGACCUUGUCAGUUUGUUGCUAUGCAGCAGGUGCAGCCUUUUCUUUUAUUGAAGCUUUACUCCAUAAAGGCAACGACAAGCCAAGGCAGUGGCUGGCCCUGGAUUAUACAAGUGCAGACACUCCGCUAAGUGAGGGUCUCAUCUCAUUAAAACCACUUUUUGGAGCUGCUGGUCUCAGAAGAAAUACCAAGGACUGCCUAAGGUCCUGAUCCGGGAGGCAAACCCAUGCAGAAAGACCCCUACAUCUAUAGAGAGGUCCGCUGAAGAACCACCACCAAGGUUUGGCAAGCCACAGACUUUCUGUCCAUUGACUGGGGGAGUAUGGGUGGAAGGUAGGAGGUUGGGUGCCUCCUCAUUGACACCAUCUGGAGUGGUGUGCACGUUUCCAAUCACAUGGCAGGCUUGGGGUCAUGUUACUCUCAACUCCCCACCCCUUCUUCCUUCUUCACCUUCAGAACCAGGCAGCAUUGCCACGAGUCAAGGCUUGCUGAAGGGGCAAUGGCGGGGAGCAAGCAGCUGGAACAGACAAGUAAAAGCAUUGGCUCAAGUGCCCACAUGAUCACCACCGCCAGGGUACCUGCUGAUAAGCAAGUACGAAUUGCAUUCAGCCUGGAUGAAUCCCCAGAUGAUGAUGCUCCUGAAAACUCCUUCCCUUUGGCAUUUCCAGAACUAGAUCAGCAGCUGCAGCCUCUGCCUCCUUGUCAUGACUCCAAGGAAUCGAUGCAGGUGUACAAACAGCACUGCAAAAUAGCAGAAGAGUAUCAUGAGGUGAAAAAAGAAAUUGCUUUGCUGGAGGAAAGAAAAAAGGAGCUGAUUGCCAGACUGGAACAAGUGGAAAAAGAAAGCAUGGAUGCUGCUCAGCUGGCCAAGGAGUACGCAGAACUGACAGAGGAGAACCGAACACUGAAGCUGGCCCAGACGCAGUGUGUAGAACAACUGGAAAAGCUCAGAAUACAGUACCAAAAAAGGCAGGGAUCCUCAUAACUCGCAACUAGCUUAUGUCAGGCAGUUAAUACAGGAUUGAUCCUGUGCUGGAAAGAGAUUUUAAAAUAAAGGUCUGUUUAAUAUGUUAUAAUACUUUACUACAGAUACAGAGUAUGUAGAAGUCUAUAUUUGAUUUAAUGCUUGCCAGCCAGUAGCUUAAUAUAAUGGAUAUUUCAUCCAUUAUAUAAUGGAUAUUUUAUUUCAAGUAACAUAAUUGAAGUUAAUCUAUCCCCAUUAUAUGUUCUAGUAGAUCAGGUUUCUUUUCUAAACAUAUUUCUUCCAAUUUAAGAAGAUAUGGACACACUAGAAAAUGAUAUAAAUAGUCUCUGUGUUGGGAAUUUGGACCAUACUAAGGCAUACAGCAGGGACAAUGUUAAUAUAUGGAAUACACGUAUGUUAAUUUUAGUUUGGUGAAGAUUUUUUAAAUUAUUUUCCUCAUGCCUAAAGUGUUUGGAAGUUAUCUUAAAACGGAUCUCCUCAUGGGUAAAAACUAGACUUUAUUAUCCCAUGUCAGCUUUACACUGUUGUAUAAACUCAGAUAAAUUGCACGUUUAAAUUGAAUUAACCCAGUUACUAGUUAUGAAGUGAGAGCACUGACAGUAAUAAUUUGCAAGUUUCAAAAUUGCAGGGAACAGAUGAGAUCAGGCUUUCCUUCCUCAAUCGUAGAUGACCUGAGAGUCUCUUUUAUUGUGCUCUUUGCCAUAUGAGAAAUGAAAAGUUAACAUAUGAAAGCUACCGUCAUAGUUUAAACUAAGAAUGUGUCAGUAAACGUACCAUGAGGGUAUUUUGUUCUCAUCUUCUGGUCUGUUUGGAAACGUGAGUAACUAUAAGUACAAACAAGCGUUCCGCGAUACACAAAUAACCUGGAAUUAAAAUGCUUGUUUUAUUUGCUCUAUUUAUCCCUGUAUUUUCCUAAUUCAAUUGAAAUUCUUUGUUAUACUUCCAUUUCUAUUCAUACAGUAUUUUUUUCAUUAAAAGCGAAUAUAGAAAAACCUUUUUAUGUUCUGAAUAUUAUUAAACCUCCCUGUAUUUUACUUGGAUUGUUAACUUGGCUUGUUACAUCUUCAUGAGGUUGGAAUUCAAUACAAACUUGAUUCGUCAUCAGUUCUGAAAUGUCUUAGUAAUUGAAAACUAUGCACUGAAGAUUUCUGCCAUAACUUCAAAUGUGACUAUUAUCACUAUUCUCUUAGGUUUUAGAUUUCUCUGAAGAUUUCCUAGGGAAGUCCUUUGGCACCAAGAUGUUCCCCAGUGACUCUGGCAGCAGAGACUAGAGCAUGAGCUGCCUCUUCACCUCAGUGUUCCCCAUGGCGCGGAGUGGAGACAGGCCCCAGUUUGCUGCCAGCGCCUCACAUUGCAACAGGAGAGUGUGAGGAGGUCAUGGGAGUACAGCCUUGUGCUCACUUCUCCGUCUGGGAUGCCAGGGCAGUGUAUUUGCACAGCACUUGUUCCAUCACCCCACCCCAGCGGAGACAUAAAGGGUAAUAAGCAUUCAGAGGUGCCUGUUUGCUGUUUCAGUGCUAUAUGAGCAGUAAGACAUUGUGCAGUGGUCAAGGCCACAAGCCUGCUGGAGUUCCAGACGCGGACACAGGUUUUCAUAGAAGGCCUCAGACAUAGAGUUUGAAGUUUGGGCAGCCCUGUGUGGAGCCAGGAGUUGGACUCAGUGAUCCUUAUCGGUCCUUUCCAACCCAGUAGAUUCUAUGAUUCUACUC